ACCACAGAACCAAGCCAGACAAAGCCGAUGGCUCUGGAGAGGCUGGAAUGCUCAAGGGCAGGCGUUGCCAGGGGACCACAGCGGCGAUAGCAACGCGCCAGAGUCCCAGGGCUGGGAGAAUUUCCUAACCGCCUGCCAGCGGUUAAAAGCGCGGCUGGGGCGGGAGGCGGAGAAGCCCAGGCGGAGAGUAGCGCGGCCACACCCGAGGUCCCGCCGGCAGCCGCCUUCGCUUUCGUUUCUCACGGAUCCCGGGUCUGUGGUCACCCGCAGUUUCGUUUCCGAGGCGUGGCUGAGGGCGCGGCCCGGGACACCCAUGGCCUUAGUCAGCCGCCCUCGAGCCCCACUGUGGCUUGGGCGACUGUCGCGGCGGCUGUGCGCGCGGCACCGGGCCUGCACUGGGACCAUGGCUCGGCCGCGGCGCUUCGCGGUGGAGAUGCCGGAUUGCUCCCUGACUCACUUCGUCCUAGGGGACACGGCGGGCCACCCGGACCCACGCCUGGCAGCGCUGCUUGGGCCCCCGGGGCGCAGCUACGCGCUGUGCGUGCCAUUGGCCCCGGGCACAGGCUGCGGGCCCCGCGUGCAGGCGGCCCGGAUGCAUCAGCGUCUGCUGCUGCAGCUGUGCCGGGGCCCUUUGCAGCGGUGCCGGAUGAGUAAGCUGCUAGGCUACGGUCCCGGAGACCAGGACGGUGAAGCCCAGCAUGGCUUCCUGCUGCGCGACCCUUGCGACCAUCCGGACACUCGGGGCGCCUUGCUGCAACUUCUGGGCUCGUGCCAGGAGGUGGCGCACCCGCAGUUAGCCGAGUUCCAGGCUGACUCUCAGGGUUUGCUGUGGCAGCGCACGUGGGAGCUGCAGGGAGACAGGCAGGUGCAAGUGGACUGCGCAUGCGUCCUGCCGGCACCGGAGCCUCAUCUGCACCCAUUGCUGCCAGAUCUGCUCAACUCUGCCGUGUUUCAAGACCGGGAUGCUGCACGGGCGGUAUUGGAGGAGUGUACAUCCUUUAUCCCGGAAGCCCGGGCAGUGCUUGACCUGGUUGACCAAUGCCCGAGGGACAUCCAGAAAGGAGAGUUCCAGGUCAUUGCCAUCGAAGGACUGGAUGCCACGGGGAAAAGCACCUUGACCCAGUCGGUGUCAGAGUCUCUCAAGGCUGUGCUUUUGCAGUCACCACCCCCCUGCAUCAGCCAGUGGAGGAAAAUCUUUGACAAUGAACCUACUAUCAUUCGAAGAGCAUUUUACUCUUUGGGCAAUUAUCUUGUGGCUUCUGAAAUAGCUAAAGAAUCAGCCAAGUUCCCUGUUAUUGUAGACAGGUACUGGCACAGCACGGCCACCUACGCCAUAGCCACCGAGGUGAGUGGAGGCCCGCAGUACCUCCCCCCUGCCCACCACCCCAUCUACCAGUGGCCAGGAGACCUGCUGAAGCCUGACCUGGUCCUGCUGCUCACGGUGAAUCCCGAGGAGAGAGUGAGGAGACUGCAGGGCCGGGGUGUGGAGAAAACUAAAGAAGAGGCCGAACUCGAGGCCAAUAACGUGUUUCGUCAGAAGGUGGAAAUGACAUACCAGCGGAUGGAGAACCCAAGCUGCCACCUGGUUGACGCCAGCCCCUCAAGGGAGACUGUCCUACAGAACGUUUUGCAGCUGAUUCGGAGAGCUGGUCAUUAAUUGUAGUUCCUCUGGACAUGAGCCUCACUAUGCCAGAAGAGAAGUUGUAUGUUGCACCUAGACCCAACACUUGUCAUUCAGCUUCUUGGAGUCAGGUUGCGUGAGAAUACGGAGGGGAGAAAACUGGAGAAUGGGCGUUUUUGCUCUAUUUCUGACCAACAGAGCCAGCCAGCCACUGCUGGUUCUUUUCUGCCUGGCCACGUACCAUCUCCUUGGGAUAUAUUUUAACACUGUGACCACCUAGAAAGACCUUCUGAUCCAGUGGUGAGCCUGUGGAGGUCUUCCUGCACCUGGAAGCUGCGGAUGUCAAAUGGGGCCCACAUUGACCAAUUGUGAUGGGCUAGCCUCUCUCCUCUCACCCUAAAUCCUGUAGCUGAGCCUUGUCCCAGAGUCUGGCUGUCCCAUCCCGUUUGCUUGGAGCCAUUUAGGGGUGCGGACAUUCUCAAAGAAGCCAUUGAUCUUGUUCUUUGAGCUCAAAGACUCAAAGAACACCUUGGACAGUUCCCUGAGGGAGCACCUCAGACCUGAAUAGACACGUGCCCCUAAGCUGCUAGCAUGCCAACCCCAUCUUGUUCUCCUUUCCUUGUCUGUAUUCCGUUUUUCUCCUCUGAAAUCCAGUUCUGAGUGUAAUGAGCAGUCUGCGCUGAGCUGGAUGCAUUGCACUUACCCAAUGCACUGAUUUGUUUAUAUUGAUGUUUAUGUUGUGUGCUUCCUCAGUGUAGGAGCUCUGAGUCACUAACCAAAACCGAGGCCAAGGAGCUAAACGCAGCGUUGGCUGUGUGUUUUCACAACACAGAUUUAAUUUGUCUUAAUAAACCUCGUAGAUUCUGGAAUGAGAUCUCAUAGUAAAUUGUCUUGCACUUUGAA